CAGCUCGCUGUUGUUGGUUCUGUAUGAAGCUAGCACUAAACUGUGACAGAUAAUAGCGCUUAACAUCUGUUUUCUCAAUGUGUUGCCAGUUAAACGCGUAUUUAACCAUUACUGUGUUUAAAGAGAAUACCUAGACGCAGUUAUCGAAGGAUUUUUAACCCAUGUUGACAGAUAAGUUAUUUUAUAGUUAUACGGUGAACCAGAUUAUUUCUGCGGAGCUGACGUGAACUCACUUACUGCCAAACGUGUUUGAGUUCAUUCGCAACCGUUUAUCACAAGAUUUUUAGAGAAAAAUCGGACAGAAACAUAAACAUGAAGUCGGACAUCACCUAUAACCCGAUGGUGGAUCCGGAGAGACGGAGGCAGGAAUUCUCCCGCAGAGCGCAGCUGCCGUUUCUCCGUCAGUUCGCCAGGUGUCAGAUCGCUCUGGCCGCCGCGGCCUGUGUGCUUCUGGCUGCCAUGGCGCUCUACAACAUCCUGAGCCCGAGGUCGGCGGGGUCAGUGAAGUCGGCAGGUUCAACGUUCCACCAUCCUGCCUCCAUCAGCAGCCGCCUUCAGGAGACGGUGGAGUCCUGCUCGGACCCCUGCAAGAUCGUUCUGGUGGAGAGCAUCCCUGAGGGGAUGGAGUUCAACUCCAGCACCAGCAACCCCUCCAUCUUCCAGGCGUGGGUCCGCCUGAUGAGCGAGGCGCGCAGCAGCGUCGACAUCGCCUCCUUCUAUUGGACGCUCACUAACGAGGACACCAGCACUCAAGAACCCUCAGCCUCUCAGGGGGAGGAAGUUUUGAAGACACUGGCUGAUCUCUCCGGGAAGCUUCAAGUUCGGAUUGCAGUCGAUUCGCAGGAGGGAAAACCACAAGCUGACCUCAAACUGCUCAACGAUUCAGGAGCCGACGUCAGGACGGUCAACAUGAGGGCGCUCACCACCGGGGUUCUUCACACCAAGUUCUGGCUCGUAGACAGGAAGCACAUUUACAUCGGCAGCGCCAACAUGGACUGGAGGUCCCUGACGCAGGUGAAGGAGCUGGGGGCCGUCGUCUACAACUGCAGCUGCCUGGCCUCAGACCUGGAGAAGAUCUUUGAAGCUUAUUGGUUGGUUGGAGGGAGCGAGUCCAUCCCGUCGCCGUGGCCAUCCACCUUUUCCACGCUGUACAACAAGGACACGCCGCUCCAGCUGCCACUGAACAGCACGCCGUCCAGCGUUUACCUCUCUAGCUCUCCUCCGUCCUUCUGCGCCGCCGGCAGGACUCCGGAUCUUCAGUCGCUUCUCAGCGUGAUUGAUGACGCAGAGGAGUUCAUCUACAUUGCUGUCAUGAACUACCUGCCCACUACGGAGUAUACGCACCCGAAAAGGUACUGGGCCGACAUCGACACGCAGCUGAGGCGGUCUGCGUACGAGAGGAAGGUCAAAGUUCGCCUGCUGAUCAGCUGCUGGCCUCACUCUCCGCCCGUCAUGCUGCCCUUCCUGAAGUCUCUGGCUUCGGUUCACGACUACAGGAACAAGCUGGACGUCCAGGUGAGGCUGUUUACGGUUCCCGCCGGCCCGAGGCAGAAAGCGAUUCCCUACGCAAGAGUGAACCACAACAAGUACAUGGUGACCGACAAAGUGGCGUAUAUCGGGACGUCUAACUGGUCGGGGGAUUACUUCCUGAACACUGCCGGGUCGGCGCUGGUCGUGAACCAGACGGACUCGCCGGACCCGACCGUCCAAUCCCAGCUGAAGGCCGUCUUCGAGCGGGACUGGAACUCGGCCUACAGCGCCCCCAUCAGACACGGUGCAAACCUCAAACACGUCUGCUGAUCUCCUCACACUAGAACUCGUUUGCACAUGUGUAGCAUUCAGGUUCUCCUGGGCUUUGGACCCGGGCGAACGCUGGUUCUGGUGAGCUGGAAGCACAGAACUAUUUUUACUCCUUGAAUUACUUUUUCCCCCCACAUGUUGUGGAGGUUUUACACAAACUUCACUGGGAUUUCAAGCGCAUAAGUGUGAAAGGGAAAGAAAAAAAGUUUUUUACUCAGAAAAAUCUGAAACGUGUGGCGUGCAUUUUUCUCAGCACCACUAAGUCGAUUAUUUGUUGAACACUGCAAAAGCACAAAAUCCUAACAAGUACUUUUGAGUUCACUUCAACUAAGACAAAACUAAGUAACUUUUCAGCAAUUUUUCUAAACUUAUUUUAAGUCAAUAACUUCUUAAUAUUUCCCAGU